AUGAUCAAGACACAUCAUAACGCUUAUUGGUGUUCUGAUCACAUUUGCAAGAUUGAGUCAUUAGCCCUCGAUAAAAGCUGGCUUGUGAUCACCGCCUUCCAGACCACGCCGAACCUUCGCCGAGUUGACAUCACAGCGCCGCACUCCGAUCGCUGCGAAAUGAAGGGGAUCUUCCUGCUAUUCCUCUUAAUAGGAGGCGCAGUCGCGGCAUCCAUAGAUGCGCUGGAAGAUGAGGUUCGUGAUACUACUUCUGGUUCUGGCUCCGGCUCUGGCUCCGCCUCUGGCUCCGGCUCUGGCUCCGCCUCUGGUUCCGGCUCUGGCUCCGCCUCUGGUUCCGGCUCCGCCUCUGGUUCCGGCUCCGGCACUGGUUCCGGCUCCGGCUCUGGUUCCGGCUCUGGUUCUGGCUCCGGCUCCGCCUCUGGUUCCGGCUCUGGUUCUGGUUCCGGCUCUGGCUCCGCCUCUGGUUCUGGCUCCGGCUCUGGUUCUGGCACCGGCUCUGGCUCCGGCUCUGGUUCUGGCAACCGGCGGUUCUGGUUCUGGCUCUGGUUGGCACCGGCUCUGGUUCUGGUUCUGGCACCGGCUCUGGCUCCGGUUCUGGUUCUGGCACCGGCUCUGGUUCUGGCUCCGGUUCUGGUUCUGGCACCGGCUCUGGCUCCGGCUCUGGUUCCGGCUCUGGCUCUGGCGCCGGCUCUGGCUCUGGCACCGGCUCUGGCUCCGGCUCUGGUUCAGGCUCAGGCUCUGGCUCUGGUUCUACCACCGAUCCCAGCGUCAGCACCACCACUCUCCCGACAUAUCCCACUCCCCAACCUGACGACCCUACUACCGCCCCCCCUCUCACCACUGUCCAAUCAACAACCACCUCCCCCGUCUCAUGCCAACGACCCGAUCCCGAGACUUGCGACGCUCACAAAUGGAAUCCUGUUCCUACGUGCUGCCAAGAUGCAAGGUGCGUACACAGCGAGCUUCACUUACUUUAAAAUCCCAUAA